AUGAUUAUGGCAAACUCCUAUCGCUACGCUCACGCUGAACUAAAGCAAGUGUACUUUGGAGUUGUUGACUACGAGGAGGCCCCCCAGAUUUUCCAAGCGAUGAAUCUGAACACUGCUCCAAUUUUGUACCAUUUUGGGCCUAAGCUACAGGGCAAGAAGAAGCCUGACCAGAUGGACUUCCAGCGUCACGGGUUUGAUGCUGAUGCCAUGGCACGUUUUGUUGCAGACCAAACCGAUGUUCAAAUUCGUAUCCUUCGCCCACCGAAUUACGCAGCACCUGUUGUUAUCGUGCUGCUUUUGGCUUUAGUUCUUGGACUACUUUAUAUGAAGAGAAAUAAUUUGGAGUUCCUUUACAACCGCACAAGCUGGGGACUUGUAUGCUUGUGUAUUACAUUUGUUUUCCUGUCUGGUCAAAUGUGGAACCAUAUCCGUGGUCCUCCUUUCAUUAUGAACAAUCCACAAACUCGAGAGGCCAGUUUCAUUCAUGGAUCGACGCAGUAUCAGCUUGUUGCUGAGACCUACAUUGUUGGUGCUCUAUACGCCGCCAUCACAUUUGGUUUCAUUCUGCUCAACGAGGCAGCAAGUCCAAGUGUGGAGGUAACCGAGAGGGAAGAAAUCGUCCAGCUCGAAGCCAUUUUUUCGGAAUCAAUAACAAUAUCCGGCUAUGCAGUACGUUUUGGUUGGGCCUUGUCCUGUGCAUUUCUUCUCGCUAUUGCUAUGCAUCUUCCGCACAAAUAUAAGAGUGAUACCCGUACAGCCCUUAUCUCUGUUCAGCUUAUAUGCAAUCUAUGCUGA